GUCCAGGGUCUUGGGACUUUCGUUGAGGCCGUUCAAUAAUAAACUCGGUGUGCAUUCAACUGCGACAUUUACAACUUGCGUUGUUUUGACUUUUACAACUUUUCCUAGUAAGCAAUUGUUUUAACUUUAGACUUUAGAAUCAACCUGAUCUUUAUUAUCUCCGCCUCUUUAUUUACUUCAGUCUCUAUUUAUUCAUUUAACCUAUCAUAUCCUAUCAUAUCAUCUCAAAACACUUUCCCUAUUAUCAAGAUAUCAUGCGCGGCAGCGCCGUCUCUUCAACCGCUUUCACCGUGCUCAAACCCCUUUCAAGACUUGGCCGUGCUCGCUUAUCUACCACCUCAACUUAUCGCACCUCCGGACAUCACUACGGAAGCGGCAUUCGCAAGGCCAGCACCGUCACUCUAGCUCAUCAUCAACAAUUCGAGCCUGGUGUCAUUUUGAAAGGGUAUUCCGGACGCGAAUACACCAUCGAAAAUGUUCUGCAGGACAGACAAGACCGCCAGGUCUAUCUGGCUAGAGCAAACGAGAAGAUGUUUGUCUUGAAGAGCUUAUUCGAAAAUGAAUACAACUAUGCUCUUCCUCUACAGCUGAGAUUCAACCACUCGCCUUAUCUCAGAGCCUUGAGAGACACCGUUCCGGACCAGAAAAUGUUUGUCAACGAAUACAUGACGGAUCAUUUACUCAACUUCGCCUUCAAUGAUCUAUCCGUCAAUGUGCAGAAACGUAUACUUCGGGACACGCUCCGAGGGCUUGCUACUCUGCACGACCAAAAUAUUGCUCAUUUAGACAUCAAGGCAAAUAAUAUCAUGAUCGACUACAAGGAAACCUCAGAAGGGGUUAUGGUAGAUCGAGUCCAGCUUUCCGACUUGGAAGAUUCCACUCAUAUCCCACCCGGACAGGCUCUGAGUGGGCUUCGUGUGGGUAAUCAAUUCUGGCGGAGUCCAGAAGCGCACAUGCAAGGCGCCGUCGGCAAGCCCUCUGACAUAUUUUCACUGGCACUAGUGUUUAUUUUCAUGCGCCUCAGAAUGGUUAUAUUCCGCGUCGACAGCGAGCCCAACGCCGAUCUUACCAAGGCCAUACUGGAAAGGCAAAUUUCCACUUUCGCCGAGUGGAAUGAUUUUGAAGCCUUUAUCGAGUACUUGGGUCGAAAGCACCCUCUGGUACGCGAGCUCCGACGCAUGGGCGAUUCAUUCGGCGCGGAGAACCCUCGCAGGCCAUUUUCGCUCUGGAAGAGCGAUAACCUCGACCCCGACUUUAAGGAUCUCAUCAGGAAAAUGACACGAUUCGAUCCCAGGAGGAGAAUCACGGCGCAGGAAGCCCUCGAUCAUGUUUGGUUCCGCGAUGUUGUCGAAGCGUAAUUUGGUUAGGUACCUACACGCGUACCAUUUUGGACACGCCGAUGUUAUUUAAGUGAUCAACAGAUUUAUGCGCAAUGCUUUUUUCUUUCUGGGACGGGCCGGCUAUCAAAGCCCACGGACAGGCAGGACACAAUCAGGAUAUAAGAUUGAAAAAGGGGAAUUUACUCGGAUAGAAAGAUAGACAAAUACCCAAGUACGUACGUAGACUAAUAAUCCUAAUCGCACCGCACCGCGUUAUUCAAUUUAAGGAAGGUACGUCGUCGAAGUCUUAGAAAAAGGGGGAGGGGUCUUCAACGUUACACAUCCCAUAAUCUCUACCCCUAAUUACAUCAUUGAUAGUAUCUUCC